GUCUUCCCAAAAUAGCCUGCGCUCCACGGCCUUAUAUGUGCAGGCCUGCAGCGUGUGCCUGAGGAGGCAUCAUGUAUCUGGGCCACACAAUACUCGCUGCAGGCGCAUUGUUGCUGCUUACCAGCAGGCCUGCAGCAGCCGCAGGGACGAGGCCUGUCUUUCUGUCUUGGGACGGCUCACCAUGCACCUCACCCAGCUCAACCGCGAGUGUCUCCUCCACCUUUUCUCCUUCCUAGACAAGGACAGUCGGAGGAGUUUGUCCCUUACCUGUCACCUGCUACGGGAGGCCUUCCUGGACCCCCACCUCUGGACUCUGCUCCACUUCGACUCCCCGUGUGAGCUGACGAGGGACAACUUUGUGCUGGGCCCCUCGCUGCGCUACCUGGCAGUGCGCUGGUACUCCAGCAGGGUCCUGCAGGUGUGCAACAUUGAGGAGUGGCUGAAGAGCGCGUUUCAGAAGGACAUCUGCAGUAAACAUGAGAGCCUGGUCAGCACCUUCCUGGCCCAUGUCUGCCAUAAGUGUCCCAACCUGCUCUGCCUGGCCCUGUCUGGCUGCGGACACAUCACUGACCAGGAUGUGACCUCCGUGCUACAGAGCUGCAGUAAGCUGCGCCGCCUCCACCUGGAGAACUGCGUCCGUAUCACCGACUGCAGCCUGGAGGGCGUGGCAGCUCAUGGAGACAGUCUGGAAGAGGUAAAGGUGGACUUCUGCAGGAACAUCACUCAGGCAGGGCUGCGGGCUGUCAGAGAGAAGAGGCCGCACAUCCGGCUGAGUGCAGAGAGGAGCGCUGAUAUGAUCCCAGACAGCAAGCCUGAGGAGAGGGUGUCAGUCAGGAUGACGCUGAAGAAACUCCUGCAGGUCUCCUGAUGGAAAUGCUGGAUUAGUUCCUAAACUUUUGGACUUUUAAAAACUUGAGUGCUGGGGCGGAUUGGUAUCUGUAUUUAACAGAAGUGUUUUUUCAUCCUUUUUAUACUUUAUUACAGACAUAUUAAAUACGAGUCUUCCCUACAAAUACCUUUCCAUGUUAUCCUAACCAGGAAGAAUUCCAGACACAUUUACAAUGAAGUCUUAUAAUGUAUCGACAAAUGGCCUUAUCCUGAAUUCUUAAUCGAGAUGGUGCAACUACAACUAAAGGAAUAGUUUGUCAUUUUGGAAAUAUGCUUAUAACUUUCUUGUUGAGAGUUAGAUGAGACAGUCAAUACCAAAAUCACACCUACAGUAAAUAUGAAGCUAAAGCCAGGCUAGCUGUUUCCCUCUGUUUCCAGUUUUUAUGCUAAGCUAUGCUAACCAGCUGCUGGCUCCAGCUACAUACUGACCAGCCAGGCUAACUAGAUGGACGUCUUGACCAGGCGCUCUCAGGGUUUGGAGUGAGUUACUGCCCCAAGCAUGGAGUUCAAGUGUUUUAUUGGGGUCAUGUUCAUGAGUGAGGGUAGAAUGGAGCGUCGCUGCGCUAGACCAUCGUGGUGAAGAGAGAGCUGAGUGAUAAGGCAAAGCUUUCGAUUUACUGGUCCAUCUACAUCCCAACCCUCACCUAUGGUUACUAGCUCAAGGUAAUGUCCGAAAGAAUGAAGUUGCGGAUACAAGCAGCUGUAAUGAGUUUCCUCCGUGAGCUGCCUGGGCUCAGCCUUAGAGAUAGGGUAAGGAGCCCGGACAUCCGGAAGGAGCUUGAAGUAGAGCUGCUGCUCCUUCCUGUUGAAAGGGGUUAGUUGAGGUGGUUCGGGCAUCUGAUCAGGAUGCCUCCUGCCUCCCAGGAUAUUUUGGCUUCAUAUUUGUACAGUGGAUGAAAGUGAAGAUGCAUUGUCUAUCUUUAUAUACAGUCUAUGAUUCAGAUACGAGAUUGGUAGGCUAUCACUCUCAUCUAACACUGGACAAGAAAGCGAACAAGCAUAUUUCCCAAAAUGUCAAACUAUUCUUUUAAUAGCCUUUGAGAGUUUGAUUAAAAUAUUCCACACCUCCCCCAGAGGAGUUACGCACACCUACACAGUACAAAAGAACAAAAGGCGCGUGGUUGCUCUGUGUGCUCUGUCUCUGUUAUGAUAAGACAUGUCAGAACUGGGAGGAAGGGUUCUCCUGGGGCAACAUGGCCUUGUGCCUGUUAUUGGAAACAUGUUAUAUAAGACUGUGAGACAUAUGAAAGUAGGUUGAUUAGGGGAGUGUGUCUGUCUGUAAAUGCCAUGUGACAAAUGUAUUGCAGGCUGCUGCUGCUGCUGCUGCUGCAGGGGGCUCCCUGUCCUCUGAGUGCAUCUCUGAAGGAUGACCACAGAUUUUCACACAGUUAAUGAAGAACAAGCCUUUUUUUUCCACGUCCACUGGGAUGUGCACUCAGAUAUUGUUCUUAUACUGGAUGUAGCAAAUGUUCUGUUUCCCUUUGAAACACCACAAUAUUUUUUUAUUGACUGUGUUUUUUUUUUUUACUUAGUGUGUGUGUGGGUUUUUUUGGUCGUCGCUUUUUUAACUUAUCUAUUGAAUGUGUGAGAGAUAUUUUUUAUUCUGUGUGUCUGACAAUAAAGGUUUUCUAAAUGUGAAA